GGUGCAAGGUUCCUUCCGCUCUCUUGUUCUCCUGAUAUCCCGGAGUACUCCCUUUUGGUUAUUGCUGUCGGUUCUGGUUGUCCUGUUCAAAAACAUAGAGAGGAUUGAAACUGCUACACGAUUUACAAAGCAAUUCGCGACUAGCUGACAAUGACUGCGGUACCGCCCCCUGGUGUCCCUGAUGAGCUUGCGGGUGAUUCGACAGCACCUGCUACUGUGGAGACGGUUGUGCAGAAACUAGGCGGUGUGAGCCUCGACGGACCCAAAACAUCCACGCCCGACCCGACCUCUGCAUCCACCCCCGCCCCCAAUGCCGACACCAGCGCCCCCGCCAUCAAGCCCGCCGACCCGGCGUCCGCACACGACCAGGUCGUCACGCCGUGGGACGUCCAGGGCUCCGUCUCGAGUGACGGCAAGCAGCUCGCGAUCGACUACGACAAGCUGAUCGAGCAGUUUGGCACGAAGCGCGUCGACCAGGCGCUGCUCGACCGCUUCGAGCGGCUCACGGGCCACCGCCCGCACGUCCUGCUCAGGCGGGGGAUGUUCUUCAGUCAUCGGGAGUUUGAUAAGAUUUUGGACCGGUAUGAACAGGGGAAGCCGUUCUUCUUGUAUACUGGACGGGGUCCAAGUAGCGGGAGUAUGCACCUGGGGCAUAUGAUACCCUUUACCUUCACAAAGUGGCUCCAAGACGUCUUCAAUGUUCCCCUAGUUGUACAACUCACCGAUGAUGAGAAAUUCCUGUUCAAGCACGAGCUGAAGCCAGAACAGACAUACAAAUUUGCACGGGAGAAUGCAAGGGACAUCAUCGCUGUCGGCUUUGACCUGGAGAAGACGUUCAUUUUCAGCGACUACGAUUACGUCGGUGGGGCAUUCUACAAGAACAUCUCCAAGAUAUCCCGGCAAAUCACCUUUAGCCAGGCCCGCGCCACCUUUGGUUUCACGGAGUCUGACAACAUCGGCAAGAUCCACUUCGCCUCUAUCCAGGCCGCGCCCUCCUUCUCCAACUCCUUCCCCCAGAUCUUCGGCACGACCUCCAACAUCCCGUGCCUCAUCCCCUGCGCAAUCGACCAGGACCCGUACUUCCGCCUCACGCGCGACGUCGCCGUCAAGCUCAAGUACCCCAAACCCACGCUCCUCCACUCCAAGUUCUUCCCCGCGCUCCAGGGCCCGCAGACCAAGAUGAGCGCGUCCGACCCCAACUCAGGGAUAUACAUGAGCGACUCGGUUAACGUGAUUAAGAAUAAGAUCAAUCGGCAUGGCUUCUCAGGCGGAGGGGAGACUGAGGAAAUCCACCGUGAGAAGGGGGGUGAUACGGAGGUGGACGUUAGUUAUCAGUACCUGGGUUUCUUCUUGGAUGACGAUGAGGAGCUUGAGCGCAUAGGAGCGGAAUACCGCGCCGGCCGGCUGCUCACCGGUGAGCUCAAGGCUAUGUGCAUCAAAGUACUACAAGACUUCGUGAAGGGGUUCCAAGAGCGUCGAGCGCAGGUCACAGAGGAAGAUAUCUCGCGUUUCAUGGACCCAACGAGGAAGAUCAUUCCGACCAUGAGCAAGUGUAGAACCAGCGCGGCAGAGCCACCAAAGGCAGAGAACUGACUAGUGCGUGGGAUGAGCGGUGUCCUGUAUAGAGUAUUGCGAAUAUAUGGCUGGCCGCGGCAGUUUCGGUGGCAUCCUCUGGAUGGCCUACGGCAUCACUGCUGGAAGCAAUUC